CCGAACUCAACUCAACCUUAGAGACUAGGCACAUUACCUUAUGCCUCAUGUUUGGACUACACAUCGCAAGAAUGGAUUUCACAUCGGAUUUACGGGGCAGGGAGGUGCAAAGGAAGGGUAAGUAUGAGAGCCAUAGUACAUAUACGUAGUCUAAGCGACUGUACGUUAUUUGACACGGCAGAUAGUCGUGCUCUCAUAUCGUCGGUCCUUCUAAUCUUCUUAUCCAUCUUCUUAUCCAUCUUCUUAUCCAUCUUCUUAUCCAUCUUCUUAUCCAUCUUCUUAUCCAUCUUCUUAUCCAUCUUCUUAUCCAUCUAGUCCAAUAAACCUCAUUGUACAAGUUCUAAUAUGGGUCUUCUAUGCAAUAUCCGCC